AUGCUGUUGAUCGCCGCCCUCCUCAUGGACUCCUCUGCUGUUAGACUACAACGCAGAGGUAAAGGCGGUCGUGUUGCCGAGCCCAAGACGAGCUUAUUCUCCAAGAUUUUCAAUAGGGAAGUUAUCAGCAAAUUCAAAGUAGUCUCCUUCCCUCUGAGGAACUUCCCAAAGCCCCUGCUGGACACCACGGUUGACGAGAUAUAUCAAAAGAGCUCUAAGCUGCACUUCAAGUCGUGCAUCUACGCCAUGCAACUCCUGCAGAAGGGAAAGUACGAUAGAGUGCGGACGAUCAGGUCUGAGGACUACUAUAAACCUCCGAAGCGGCCGAGAUUCUUCCAAAGGCUCAACAGGAUGCGACGGUCGACCAAGCUGGGUAUCAAACGGAAUGGUCUCAAACGUAUCUGCGGCCUCACUGGAAAGACUCGAGACGAGUGA